CAGUCAUUUACUUUGUCCACAAAACCAGCUCACAAGGUCACGUGUCACUGUGAAAUACGGGUGCCCUCUUGACCAGCUCCUUUGCCCAGCGGGAUGAUAAAAUGGUAAAUUAGGCCAAAGUACAACACACGAAGCACCCACAUAUCUUCUAGGGUUUUCUCAAUAAUCUCUAUUUGUCUUUCAUCUGCUCACACCGCAAAUCACAUCUCUUUCUCUGGUUCUCCGCUUUCCUUACACCUUCAACUGGUUUUCUGCCGCCGUUAGGGUUCUCCUAGUGAUCAGCACAAUUUAUUCCAUAGACCUGCAUGUGUCCAAUAUAUUUAAUUCCUCAUCCCUGUACCUGAUCUCAGAUGGAACAUUAUUCUCAUCCUCUGGAUUUGCCAGUAUCAGAGAUGCAUAUGAAAUUGGUGGGUCAGGUCUCUAGCAAUCCCGAAACUCAUCAUUUUUAUGCGUCAAUGCCUGUACCCAGUAAUCCGGACAUGUCAGGUACUUUAAAUGUGAGCAUGACAAAUAACCUUGCUAAUGAGAAGACACCACUGCCCGUCAAACGGAAGGCUGAAAUGGGACCCCAGUUGAACAGCUCUAUUUCUCAGCAGCCAGUGUUGCCUAACAAGAGGCCAGCACACAUGGGGGCUAAUAACUCUGCUGGGUUUUUGCAGACAUCAGCACCUCAAAGGAAAACUGUGCAAAUACCGGCUCAGAAUUCGUCGAACAAGAAAAUGGUUCGGAAUGACUCCAUGUCUGGUAAAUCUGGCUUGCAGAGGGGCUCAUCUGCAAAAAAACAAUCUGCUCAAAUCGAGCCAGGAUCCAAGGCGCGCCCGGAGUCUUCAGAAGCUACGAGGUCCAAAAUGAGAGAGUCUCUAGCUGCUGCACUGGCCUUGGCAGUCAAGAAACAAGAUAGUGUAUCAACGACUCAGAAUGAAAAGAGUGAGGCCGCUAUUACUCAUCAGCCCACGAAUGCUCAGGUUUCAGAGCUCGGUUUGGAUAUGGGAGGCCAUAUUAAUAUUCAUGUUUCUGGUCCUGGGGUUUCAAAAGAACCAGGACAAAAGGAAUCAGAUGUGCUAAAGAACACCAAUGAGAGUCAGGUUUUUCACUCUGAACUACCGACCAACGUAAGUAGUGUGAAUAACGAACAGGGUUUCCAGGGGUUUCAGUAUGCUUCCAUUUUGCCUGAUGAGGAUAUCACGUUCGGUGAUAAUUUCUUCGCUAAAGACGAUCUCUUGCAAGGAAACGGGCUUUCUUGGGCAUUUGAUUUUGAUGCACAGAUUGGUGGGGAGGCAAAGGAAGCCCAGCCCGCCGAGAAGCCUGAGCCCAUUAAAGUCGAAGCUCGGGGCCAAGAAGAGAAAAAAGCUAUUCUGACACCAGAAAACUUGGCCUUUGAAAUUGAAGACGAACUCUUCAAGCUAUUUGGUGACGUGAACAAAAAGUAUCGGGAGAAGGGCCGGUCUCUCUUGUUCAACCUCAAAGAUCGUAACAAUCCGGACCUGAGGGAAAGAGUGAUGUCAGGUGAGAUACCACCCGAAAAACUGUGCUCAAUGUCGGCUGAGGAGCUUGCUUCGAAGGAGUUGUCACAGUGGCGUAUGGCCAAAGCAGAGGAGCUCGGCAAAAUGGUGGUUCUGCCAGAUACCGAGGUUGACAUAAGACGUCUGGUGAAGAAAACACACAAGGGCGAGUAUCAAGUAGAAGUCGAGCACGAUGAUGUCAUUGCUGCGGAGGUCUCGAGUGGGACUUCUAUGUUAACACAAACACAGCCCCCUCCAAAAAAAGAGGCCGAACCUCGUUCUCCUUCCAAGGAGAGUAUUAGAGAUAAAGGCGAUGAUGAGGAUUUUUCUGGUAGUUUGAUUAUCCCGACUGAUGGAACUGACCUAAUGCAAGGAAUGAUGGUGGAUGAAUUGAAGGAUGCUGAACUUUUGCCUCCAAUUGUUUCGUUGGACGAGUUUAUGGAGUCCCUUAACAAUGAACCCCCUUUUGAGAAUCUAUCAGGUGAUGUGGCGCAGAAGACCCCCAAGCCACAUGGAGAGAGCCCGAAACUUCGGAUAGACUCUCGGGCUUUUGGUCGGGCUUCAGAGUUUCCUAGGGAUUCGUUGGUAAAAAAAGCUAGUGUUUUUAAGGAACAAGAUGGGACAGUGAAAUCUAGUGGGAGUCCUGCAGAACAGAAAGGUAGUCCUAUUGUUGUGCCAAAGGUUGAAUAUCUAUGGAAUGGUAUACUUCAGCUGAACAUAUCGUCUUCAGUCACUGUCGGUGGUCUAUUUCAAAGUGGUGAGAAGACAUCCACAAAGGAUUGGCCUGCCUCUCUUGAGAUCAAAGGCAGAGUUAGACUCGAUGCUUUUGGAAAAUUUCUUCAAGAACUUCCGAAUUCUCGAACUCGUGCAGUCAUGGUGCUCCAGUUUGUAUUGAAGGACACAUCAUCUACAACACAGCGUGCUAAUCUUUCUGAGGCUGUAGACUCAUAUGUUGCAGACGAGAGGCUGGGAUAUGCCGAACCUGCCCCUGGAGUCGAGCUCUAUCUAUGCCCUCCGACCCCAAGAAUAUUGGACACAUUGAAGAAGCUUAAUCUCAAAGAAAAUCCAGUGACUGAUAAAACCGUAGAAAACGGACUAAUUGGCGUAGUUGUAUGGAGACGGGCCCACGUCAGCAACACAAGUGUAUCAUCCAAGAAGCAGCAACCCUUUGCACCUCCUAAGAAGGCCCAAGAUUUGUCUAAUGUCAAUUCUAACACUUCCUCUAGAGCGCCUCAUCAUCCCAUAAUUAAUAUUAUUAAUAAUAAUAAUAACCCUGAAAAAGACGAGGAUGACGAUAUCCCACCUGGGUUUGGGCCUGGUGCCCAAGCCCGCUUGGCGGCAAAAGACGACGAUGAUUUGCCGGAAUUCAAUUUUUCCGGUGAGUUGAGGGCAAAUGCGUCUAUUCACAAGGCCUCACCGAAUAAUGUGAACUUUGGGUCAACAAUGAGACGACAACGCCCGGUAGACCAAGUUAGGGAGCUGAUUAAAAAAUACGGGCAAAGUGAUACGAAUAACGAAAUAAAUAGGAAUAGGGUAACUAAUAAUAUUAAUAUCGGAAUCGAGCCUUGGAAUGAUGAUGAGGAUGAUGAUAUUCCGGAAUGGCGGCCAAAAGGGCCACCUGGAUUUGCGGUGGCUCAUGGCUAUCGGCCGCCUAUGACUGGCCAGCAGCCACCUGGUCCCUUGCGUGGUCCGAGGUGGACCAAGUACUAGGUUGCUUGGGAUGGUUAUUGGCUAGACAAAGACUUUUUUUUUUUUUUUGGUUUGUAAAUAAAUUUAGUUAUUUUGUAAUUUCUUUUUGGUUUUGAGAUUAUGGGGUUGACUUUCUUUGUUCGUUUGUUGGACCUUAUCUGCCUUCCGUGUACAAUUUAGUUUUUUACUUUUUUUCGGGCUUUUGAAUUUACAA